GCAUUCAUCUGUUGUGUGAUCAUAGCUUGUGAAUGUUUUUUUUUCUUUCUUUCUUUUAAUAAGUUAUUGAAUUUUUUUUCUAGGUGUGAAAGACGUGUGAGUUUGGGAUCAAGUGUGGACAAGUGUAGAUGUUGCUGCGAGUCACGAGCAGGCUUUUUCUCUUUUGUGUUGAAUUUUCUGCAGUUUCUUCAAGUUUUCCUCAUUGCGUUUACGUUGUAAGAUUAAUGAUUUUUUUGGUUUAUCGACAGAUUUCCUUCUUUAAAGUCGGACAAAAUUCCCCGGAGAUGCCUUGAAGAAAGAACAGAACAAAACAAACCAUUGAAUGUGACGUGUCCGCGAAUAUAUUCGCGGUGUCGUUUUAUUCUCGAGACAUGAAAGGUUUCGCCGUGAAAGCAUCUUGCCUGGUCGUCCUGACGUUGGUGACGACAGUGACCGUUGUUUUGCUUCGGUAUUCUCGGAAUGUGCCGACCGAGAAUCGCUACAUUAGCUCUACGGCGAUCGUGUUUUCUGAAAUUCUGAAAGUUAUCGUCUGCCUGCUUGCCCUUUUUUAUAUGUCUGGUUUCCACUUGUGCGAGACUGUGAGAAUUUUUUACACGGAUGUGCUGACCAAUUGGGAGGAGACGAGCAAGCUGUUGUUGCCGAGUGCGUUGUACACUGCACAGAACAACCUGUUGUUUAUCGCCUUGUCGCAUUUGAAUGCGGCUACGUACCAAAGGUUCAAAAUCCUAACCACGGCGCUCUUCUCUGUACUGCUCUUGGACAAGAAACUCGGACCAUGGCAAUGGUGCUCUCUAGUUGUGCUCAUGAUCGGGGUUACUUUAGUGCAAUUGGAUCCCGAGGAUCUAAAGCAAGAAGCCGUCAACUCAACAAGCUCCACUGUUGUCGGCUUAGUGUGUGUGGUGAUUGCGAGUCUUUCCAGCGGAUUGGCGGGAGUUUAUUUCGAGCGAUUGAUCAAAAUGGGCAAUAAUACCAAGGCUGUUCCGCCGGGCCUUACGAUACGAAACCUUCAGAUGGGCAUCACUUCUGUUCUGUUUGGAGUGCUGGCGUCUUUUUACAAUGACUCGGAUGAGAUUUUGAAGCGCGGGGUUUUUGCUGGGUAUAAUCACCUCACUUGGUGUGUUAUUUUGCUUCAGCCCAGCUUUUCCCUCAGAAUUCUGGAAAUCAAUGUGGCAGCCCUCGGUGGUUUGAUUGUGGCAAUCACCAUCAAGUACACCGACAACAUCCUCAAGGGCUUCGCCACUUCCUUCUCCAUCAUCUUGUCGGCCGUGUGCUCGUACGCCUUCCUAGGGGAUUUGUCGCUUUCUAGCUUUUUCUUGACCGGUGCCUCGCUGGUCAUUGCUGCCACGUUUUUGUACGGUAUUCGUGCCCCGGCUCCGCUCAAGCAAGAGCCUCAAAAGUCGUUGAGACGUUUUGUUGUUGGAACUGUGGCACUUCCAUGCGGGAACGUGAUGUUCUUGAUGUCGAAUAUGUUCGAGACAUAUUUUCAUGAUGAUGAUGAUGAUAAUGUUCAGUCUACGGUUGUGCGACUAAGAUUACCUUUGGCUUCUCGGCACAGGUCGAUUGAGGGCGAAAAACGGAAGCUGAUCAAGGUGGCAUAUUGA